GGGCCACUCUAAUGGCCUUGACUCUCCGAGUCGUCGAGCCAGUUCGAGGAUUGCAAACUAGUAGGUGCAUCUCUUAUAUCUUCAUCUUCUUGGAGCAAUAAUUUGGUGAGUAAGACAAGAACUUGUAAGCAAACCCAAUUGCUUGCCAAAAUGCCAGAUUACUUAUACUCCAUUUUCUUCUUCUUCUGUUUCUUUUUUAUUGUUCUCAGUGAUGCUAAGACUAAUAAGUCUCACCUCUAUGAUCAAGAACACGCAGUCCUACUGAACAUAAAAGAACACCUUCAUCCAUUCCUCCAUCAGUGGGCCCCAUCGGAUUCCUCUCAUUGUUCUUGGCUUGGCAUCAACUGCACCGAUGAUUCUGUCACCAAAUUAGAUUUUGGUGACUUGAACAUUACCAAAACGAUACCUCCUUUCCUCUGUGACCUUAGAAAUCUCACCUUUAUUGAUUUUCAACUUAAUUAUUUCACUGGGGAGUUCCCAAAAUUUCUCUACAAUUGCUCCAAGCUUGAGUACCUUGACCUCUCCCAGAACAACUUUUCGGGUCCAAUUCCAAAUGACAUUGACCGAUUGGCCAACUUGCGUUUCCUUAAUCUUGGUGCCAACGAAUUCUCCGGUGACAUUCCGACCAGUAUCGGAAGGUUGAAGGAGUUGAGAAGUCUUCAACUUCACUGGUGUGAAUUUAACGGUAGUAUCCCUGAUGAAAUAGGCAACUUGUCCAAUCUUGAAUUGUUACGCUUGGAGGAAAAUGAGAAUUUGAUUGGGAAAAUUCCAGAAAGUAUUGGAGAACUGGUUAGUUUGGUGGAAUUGGAUUUAUCGCAGAAUGGUUUAAGUGGGCAAAUCCCCAGUGGUUUGUUUGCUUUGAAGAAUCUCAGCAUAUUGUAUCUUUGGAAAAACAGGCUAUCUGGGGAAAUACCUGCAAAAAUUGAAGCUUUGAAUCUGACUAUACUCGAUGUUUCACGCAAUAUUCUUACUGGAAAAAUCCCAGCUAGUUUAGGGAAGCUUAAAAAGCUGACAGGCUUGAGUUUGGAUAUGAAUCAACUAUCAGGAGAGAUACCCGAAAGCCUUGCUCAUCUGCCAGCUCUCAUAGAUUUCAUGGUUUUCCAAAACCACCUAUCAGGCACUCUUCCUCCUUAUUUUGGUCGUUAUGCGCCACUCAAAACCUUCCAGGUUGCAACCAAUCGAUUGACAGGAAAAUUGCCAGAGGAUUUAUGUUACAAGGGCAUGUUAGUUGGUGUAAGUGCUUAUGACAACAAUCUAAGCGGGGAGCUGUCGGAAUCACUAGGGAGCUGCACUAGCCUGCAACACUUGUUUCUUGACAAUAAUGGUUUUUCAGGUGAAAUCCCUGGCGGCCUUUGGACAUCACAGAAUUUGUUGACUCUAGUAGUCAGCAACAACAAGCUCACCGGCGAGCUACCUCAAAGAUUGGCUUGGAAUCUUUCAAGGUUGUCCAUCAGCAACAAUCAAUUCUCUGGUAGAAUUCCAGCAGGAGUAUCUACCUGGAAGAAUCUGAUCGAGUUUAAAGCUAGUAAGAAUUUCUUCAACGGAAGUAUUCCACAAGAGCUUACGACUCUUCCUAAGCUAACGACAUUAUUGCUUGAUCAAAACCAGCUAACAGGGCCACUUCCAUCAGAAAUCAUAUCUUGGAAAUCUCUCAAUGCUCUAAAUUUGAGUCACAAUCAACUCUCUGGACAAAUCCCAUAUUCUUUUGAUGGUUUAACUGUCCUGGAACAACUAGAUUUGUCAAAUAAUCAGCUCUCCGGUCAUGUUCCACCUCAACUUGGUAAAUUGUCAAUGACCUUUACAAACUUCAAUCUAUCCUCAAAUUUUUUCACAGGAAAGAUUCCUAGAGAAUUUGAAAACCUUGUCUAUUCUGACAGCUUUCUAAACAAUUCUGGUCUCUGUGCUAAUACCAAAAGGCUAAACCUUCCCUUAUGCAAUUUCGGUUCUGACCUUCAAGGAUCAAGCAACAGAUCAUCUGUGUCUCCUGCUUUGACCAUAGGCCUAGUGAUAGUGGCCUCUUUAGCAACCUUCUUGAGUUUACUCUUAAUUAUUAGAGUAUACAAAUCAAGAAAGCAGGCACUGGAUACUUCAUGGAAGUUGACUUCCUUUCACAGGUUUAGUUUCAGUGGAAUGAACAUCGUAUCAUCACUGACAGAUGACAAUAUUAUAGGCAGAGGUGGGUUUGGCACAGUAUAUCAAGUCCCUAUAGAUGGUUUAGGCUAUGUUGCUGUGAAGAGGAUAAUGGACAAUAAGAAGUGGGAGCAGAAACUUGAGGAUGCAUUCCUAGCAGAAGUUAAGAUUUUGAGCAACAUUUGUCACAACAAUAUUGUGAAGCUGUUGUGUUGUAUUUCAAGCGAGGAUUCUUUGAUGCUUGUGUAUGAAUACCUAGAAAACAAUAGCCUUGACCGCUGGUUGAGCAAAAAGAAUAGGUUAAACCAUAAUGUUGUUCUUGAUUGGCCAAAAAGAUUGCAGAUAGCCAUAGGAGCUGCCCAAGGUCUGACCUAUAUGCACAAUGAUUGCUCCCCUCCGAUCAUUCAUCGUGAUAUUAAAACAAGUAACAUCCUUUUGGAUUCGGAAUUCAAUGCAAAAGUUGCAGACUUUGGUCUAGCAAGAAUGUUGAUCAAGCCAAGCCAACUCAUCACCAUGUCAGGUGUAGCUGGAUCAUAUGGCUAUAUUGCUCCAGAAUAUAUUCAAACAAGCAAAAUCAAUGAAAUGAUCGAUGUGUAUAGCUUUGGGGUGGUGUUGCUGGAACUAACAACUGGAAAAGAAGCAAAUUACGGAGAUGAACACUCAUCUCUUGCAGACUGGGCAUGUCGCCAUGUGCAGUUGGGUGGAGAUGUGGAAGAAGUUCUAGAUGACGAAAUUAUGGAAGCAUGCUAUAUGGAUGAAAUAUGCCACGUGUUCAAGCUUGGGGUUAUGUGUACUGCAAUACUACCAGCCCAUAGGCCUUCCAUGAAGGAGGUUCUGCAAAUACUGCUUCGUUGCAGGGACCCAUUUGGUUAUGGAGAAAGGAGUCCUGGAAUCUUUGAUGUUGUCCCUCUGCUAAAGAAUUCCAAGAGGGAGAGUAGAUUGGAUAUUGAUGAUGAUUUAUAGCAUCAUUGGCCUCACAGUUGAAGUAAAUCCUUUUAGGUGAUGCAGGAAGAAGGCAAACAAUAUCAGUUUCUACAAAGUCAGAAUCAGGUGUUGGUGGAAGUAAAAGAACAACUGCUUUAGAUUCUUGUGACUCUGAGAGCAUGGAGAUUUUGGUUUCACUUCAACUUCCAAAUAACUCAGAAGUGGAAAAUGAUUUUUGUCUUUUGAGAUAAGUGAACAAGUUCAUUAUGUAACUUUAAGUUGUAUAAUAACGUCACUAUAUGCGAAAUAAAGAGAUGUUCAUACAUGAUCACCACUACGUAAUAUAUGAAAGAAUUUUAGCAUACCA